AUGUCUUUAAUGAAAAAAACUAGAAAUGAUGCUAUUAAAGCUGCGGUCACUUCCUACUUAGAACGUCGGAAUUAUCCCGACAUAGACGUGUUUAGCAAUAAUAAUAAUCUAAGCAGAAGUGCUGAACAAAUGGCUGUGGCAACUAUAGUUCAGUGUGAAUCAAGUCGCGCCAAUUCUAUCUUAUUUUCUUGCAUCAACAAUGAUUCCGGGCAAUACGACUCGCAAUAUACUAGAUUGGUCAAUUUCAUUAAAGAAAUAAAGCAAGAAAAGGUAAAAAAUGAGUUACUAGGUUUAUUAUGUCCAUUACUUUGUCAUUUAUACCUUGAAAUGCUCAGAGGAGGUCAUGGAGGUCCUGCACAAAUGUUUUUAAAGAGACAUUCUGCCACAUUACCGCAAAAGGAUCUAUCUUACCACCAACCUAUUGAUGGGAAUCUGCCAUCAGCAUUGUACAGACCUAAUAGCUUGGAACAGCUAUUUAAUUCCUUACAAAAUGGUACUAUUGACAAUGAGACUCCAGAAAAAGAUUAUAUGAAUCAAAUACUAGAUGACAUUGGAUCAAUUUAUACACUCCAAGAAGUUGAAACAAGACCUUCUAUUGCUGCUUUCAGAUCAUGUAAAUAUGACAUCAGUCUUUCUCAAGAUGCCUUUAAUAUGUUGAAAGCAUAUUUAGCCAAACAUGGCCAUGUGCUCCUAAUACAAGUUUUACAGACAUGGUUUCAUAUUGAUAUCAACAACGAUCCUAAUAAAAAGAGUGCAGAGGAUGAUGAAGAAGAGAUGGAUGAAGAAAUCAAUAUUAUGAGAAAUAACAAUUCAGAUGAAAAGAAUAUGGACACCAAUGAUUUAUUUUCUGAAUGCAAUGGUCAUGCAGAAUAUCUAAGUAUAGACAAGGAGUUAAUGGAACUUCAAGAAGCAAUUAAAGGGGUCAGAGAAUCCACAGCUCCCCUAAAAUUGUACAAAAUUGCUGCUCCUGAUACAAAUUUGAUAUGUGCCAAAACAGACCAAUACUGCAAUAUACUAUGUGGAGGCUUUACUAAUUCAGAGAUAAGGUUGUGGGACCUUGGACAAAACAAUAUCAACAGACGAGUCAAUCGAAAUAUUUCUGAAGUAGAGUUAGCUUGUAAUGUGCCACAUGAACUGGUUCCUGACUCCAAUACAUUACAAAUUGGUGUUGGAGUACCAUUGAGAGGACAUUCGGGACCAGUGCAUGCUGUUACAGUGCUGCCACAGGAAGACUUAGUUGUAUCAGCUUCACAUGACAAUACUAUACGAAGUUGGAGACUCACUGAUUAUUCCUGUGCAGCAAUUUACAGAGGUCACAAUUAUCCAAUAUGGUGCAUGGAUGUUUCUAAAAGUGGCCUAUUUGUCACAGGAUCUCAUGAUAGGACUGCUAAAUUAUGGUCUCUUGAAAGGACUUUUCCAAUAAGGAUAUUUGUUGGCCAUAUGUCUGAUGUCACUUGUGUUAAAUUCCACCCAAAUGAAGCAUAUAUAGCCACAGGAGGUGCUGAUCGUACUGUGCGAUUAUGGAUGGUGUCUGAUGCUCGUCUAGUACGAAUCUUAUGUGGUCACCGUGGUCCAGUCCGAACACUCGCUUUCUCACCUUCGGGAGCUCAUUUAGCUAGUGCCGGUGAUGACAAGAAAAUUAAAGUUUGGGACUUAGCCGCAUGUACCUGUAUUCAUGAGUAUAGAGGGCACCAUGGAAAAGUCACUGCAUUGGACUGGUCAGCUAUUGGGAAAGCAAGCUUGACAAACAGGGUCCUCCCAGAUCCAAGUGACCCAUUAGUUGACAAUUCUUUACUAUGUUCUGCUGGCAUGGAUGGAAUUGUCAAAAUUAUGUCAGAUUGUAAUUCUAAGAAUAAACAAGCAUCAGGACUAGAUGUGCAGUCCUCCACCUACAACACAAAAUGUUCCUACUUAGUUGAUGUGCAAGUACAUCCAGAUUGGGUUGUGGCCAUUGGAACUAAAAGAUAA